GCGCGUAGUAGCAACAAGAAUAUAUAAAUCUCGCAGGUCUUGGACUUUUAAUUGUAUAUAUAUAUAUAUAUAUAUUAUAUUUCGUUCCUUACUCAAAAAAAAAAGAAAUAUCUAUAUCUAGUCGAAAUGUUUUCUCUACUGCGCAGUAUGUUUCGCUCUUCUAUACCAAGUACCGUUCGAACGGAACUGAUUCGAGGAGUGAAGACCCAUUCAGGUGCCAAAAAGCGUUGGAUUCCAUCUGGAAAAGAAAAGACGUUACUCCGUCAUCAUGCUGGAGGACAACAUUUGGUACGCGGCACUUCCAGUAGCACUCGAGCUAGACAGCGCCAAAUGCAUGAGCCUAAGAGAGCUCAUAAGAAAGCUUUAAAGAAGCUACUACCGGGUCUUUUGUGAUUGUGAGGGAAGAGCAACGACUAAACGUUGGACUAAGCUUCGAAUUUCUCCAUUAUGUUUUUGUCAUUGUGUGAGUAUCUGUUCGAUUCUCUCCUUCAGAUUGAGGAAUAAACGAAAUACCGUUGACACUACCCUUUACUAUGAAUUCUCUAACCCCCUCUCUCUAUACAGAAUAUAUCUGGAUUUUUUGGCUCGUUAUUAUUUCCUCAAUUGGCUUAGUCCAAUUUACCGCAAUUUUUAUAGCAUUCGUUAUGCUUGUUUACCACUAUCUGAAGAGUUAUUAAUUAAUUGCCAAUGCUUUUGUUAAAGCUUGGGAACUAAGUGAGGAUUAUUAUCUCUUUACCAUAAAGGCUACUUUUAUAUAAUAGUUGAAUAAAGAACUAAAGAUUUGGAAUUUCCGACCUGAAGCUUACUAGCUUGUUUAAAACAAGCGAGUUUUCGUGAUCAUUUUUCGCCAAUAACAUAGGAAAGCAAUGGGUCGGUCAUUUGCGGAUUGUGACUCUCAAGCAGACUCUGUUGCGGGUUUUCAUCAGAAAUCGAAAAAGUUGGUAGAUCACGCGCUCGAAGUAUACAAUGAUCGUUUGCCGGAAGACCAAGAAAAGUUCUCGUUCGAUAGCUUCGUGGAUGUUCUUGAUACAGAGUCGGCCGUCGUCAAUCGAGUUUUCGACGUUUUAGUACGUGAAGUGGCAGGAGCUGUCCGUCAACGAAAACGGACUCAGUCCAAUUUCUCUGCCACGACAGCUCAAGUUGUUCAGAGAGGAUUGGUUCCAAGUAUAUCAACGGUUCACUACCGUGAUCCUAAUGAACCUUUAAUCGAAGAAACUGAAAGGAUUCGCUUUACAUAAAUUGAUGACCAUAAACGAUUUGUAAUCGAAUGUGCGGUCAGCGUAUAUCACUUAGCUGGGAUAUUUUUUUAGGUUGAUGCUACCGCUAUUGGACGAUAUUGUAAACGUUUUUUUAAUGAUUCCACUGUUGUAUUUUAGAUA